GGCCGAAAACUUAGCACGGACGCAAACCACCGCAUCACUAACAAAAAUAUUUACAAAUUUUCAUUGGCACUUUUACACAAUAGAUUUUAGAGCAAUUGCAAUCCCAGCGCCAACAUGACGAUGCGACCUGAUGACCACCGAAGGAAAUGGGACAAGAACGAGUACGAGAAGCUGGCGGCGGAGCGGCUGCUCAACCAGGUGGCACCAAAGGAAGAAGAACCAGUGCAGCGGGAGAACCUCAAGCGACGCGACUACAAGGUGGACCUGGACAGCAAGCUGGGCAAGAGCGUUGUCAUCAACAAGAACACACCUACCUCGCAAUCCGGUGGCUAUUACUGCAACGUUUGUGACUGCGUGGUCAAGGACUCCAUCAACUUCCUGGACCACAUCAAUGGCAAGAAGCACCAGCGCAAUCUGGGCAUGUCCAUGAAGGUGGAGCGUAGCACCGUCGACCAGGUGAAGGAGCGCUUUCAGCAAAACAAGAAGAAGAUGGAGGAGAAGCAGAAGGACUACGAGCUCGAGCGCCGCCUGCGGGAGGCCAAGGAGGAGGAGGAUCGUUACAAGGAACACCGCAAGGAGAAGCGGAAAGAGCGGAAACGCAAGGCCGACGACACGGACUUCGAAUCUGGCGGCAUGCCCGACGACAUGGCCGCCAUCAUGGGCUUCUCUGGAUUUGGUGGAUCAAAGAAGAACUCGUAGGAACUAAGUGUUGAACUGCCCCUCCCCUCCAAUUUUAGAUGUACCAUGAAAUAGAAACUAAACACAAAACGA